UUUAUGGUGAAUGGUACGCGAAUGGUGUACGGUGAAUGGUACGCGAAUGGUGUACGGUGAAUGGUAGGUGUACGGUGUAUGGUGAAUGGUAGGCGAAUGGUGUAUGGUGAAUGGUACGUGAAUGGUGUACGGUGAAUGGUAGGCGAAUGGUGUACGGUGAAUGGUAGGUCAACGGUGUAUGGUGAAUGGUAGGCGAAUGGUUUAUGGUGAAUGGUACGCGAAUGGUGUACGGUGAAUGGUACGCGAAUGGUGUACGGUGAAUGGUAGGUGUACGGUGUAUGGUGAAUGGUAGGCGAAUGGUGUAUGGUGAAUGGUACGUGAAUGGUGUACGGUGAAUGGUAGGCGAAUGGUGUACGGUGAAUGGUAGGUCAACGGUGUAUGGUGAAUGGUAGGCGAAUGGUGUAUGGUGUAAGGUGAAUGGUAGACCAAUGGUGUCCAGUGAACGGUGGCUGAAUGGUAAAUGGUAGGCCAGUGAAUGGUGGCUGAAUGGUGGUCAAUGGUAAACCUGUCUAUAGUGGCCAUGGUAGAUCAAUGGUGAAUGGUGUUUGAUCAAUGGUAUAUGAAUGGUAAAUGGUGCUCAUGAAUAUGGUAAUAGUAACGUCCCAAUUAUUUAAAUUAGUUUGAAUGGUAUACCAUUGGGGCUUGAAUGGUAUACCAUUGGUGUAUGAUGGGUGCUGUGCGAAUGGUAUUCCAAUGGUAUAUCAAUGGUGUAUGGUGUAUGGUAUUUCAAUGGUAUACCAUUCAAUUUUUUUUAUAAGGGUAAUGAGUCUGUGAAUAUAGCUUUCAUGUAGACCUAAUGAUAAUGAUAAUUACAAACAUUGAGCGCGUACAAUCCGGAUUGAGAUUGAGCUGUUGUUUUCCAAGGCUCAUUUUAAUCAAGGAAUAACUCCCGCCAGGUACCUCCAUUCGCCACUCUCGUGUUUAGUACAAAGUAGAUAAUUUAAAACCUUACAGAAAUGAAUUAAUUUCAUUAUUGGGAUUUGAACCCUCAAUCGCCCUCUGUAUGAAAUUUGAGUGUCAUGACUUAGCAUCACCUUGAUGGCCACGACGCUUCCCAACAUGCCCAAGAAGCCAUUACACUCCAGACAUGAACAAUGCUGGUGGAUUAAUGACAAUAAUGACAUGACAAUACAAAUGAAAAUUAAUAAUUAAAACAAAAUCAUCCGUUUAUUAUACCUUUAUUGCUGAAAUAUUGAUUCGCCAAUUGAUGUCACAUCAUCAUUAUAUAAGUUGAUAAGUAGUAGCGCUGCACAUCAAUGUCGGGUUUGCAGAUCAAUUAUUACGAAUAUUAUUGUUAAUGAAACAAGUUUGAUGUUUCAUUUACAUUUUUUUUGUUUCUUUGUAUACCGCCCCGCUGUUUGUCUAUUCUUCGAUUAUGUGUGUGUGUGUGUUUUUUCUUUUAUGAUAUCCCUACCGCUACAUAAAGCUGCACCCGAAAUAUUGGCUAUAUCUGGAAAUCAAACUGGUUAUCCUGGUGAUGUCGUCUUUAUCGCGUGUACUACGUUCGGGAGACCACAACCUGUUGUCAGCUUCGAACCUGCUUUACAGCCAUUCUUUGGAGAAUCUCCUCCUGAUAGCCCUAUAACUAUCAAUCAGCUAAUCACAUUGUCAAACGGAACAGAUAUUACAUUUACCUGCAUCGCUGAAAAUAUUGCUGGCAGAGUCACUUCAACAGUGCAAGUUACAGCACUUGAUUACCGGUGUCCUAUUUUAGCUGACGCACUUGCAGAUUUUCAGAAGAACAAUCUGACGGAAUGCCCAUCUGUUCUGCAACUACAAUUAGGCGGAGGACUUUUUCAGUCUUUCUUCUCAGUAUUCAUUCCUGAAGACGGCAUCCUUCAUUCCUUACCACUGGUGCUUUUCCAGUCCAAUCCAGAGAUUCCAUUACCAGGCCCGCAAGAAUUGACAUUCCGUGUUACAGUCACGAACGAGCCGGUAGUUGCAGUUCCCCAGCGUAGGAAACGGGAUAUCGUCAAGAUUCUCUACGAAAGAGAUUAUCACAACGCCACUCUUAACGAUGGUUCCAUCACUUUAGAAUUCUCACCACCCGUAUUCGCUGCUCAAUUCAAUCGGCUAUAUUACAUCAAUCUACUCACUCUGACUGAUGAUCCGCUAUUUCUGCCGUUCAACCAAGCAAUACAAGGGCCUCUGUCUUACCUUCAGUGUCCUUUAUCACCUCCAUUGAAUCCUGUUAACAAUGCAUCAUGUUAUCUCCAAUUAGAAAGCUGGGCGGCCAUGGAAGAAUCCUUCAUAGAGUUGGGAUGUGCAGAAGAUACUUCUGUAUCAUACCGUUCUUACGAAACAUGUCUACGUGUAGGAGAUGCCCAGCCUGUGGUCACUGGUGAAGUUGUUGUUCCCAGUCUGCAGUUGUUCCAAAGCUACGACAUUCCUUGCCCUAUAGAAGGUGCUGUACGCCUCCUGUGGUGGCGAAUAACUAGUCGUGGCUCAGCGACACCAUUUGAAUCACCUUCGCCAUUCCUCCGCUUCAAUCCCUUCACCGUUGAAGACAUGGGUUACUACUACUGUGAGGGGUACGGUGGUGGAGCUUACCGUGAUGUAUCGGAGGCUACUACUCCUGUCCUUCUGGAUGUUGAGGGGGUUACAAGAGUUGCCUUUUCAGUUGCAUUUGAAGGUGAAUUUGUUGAUUUUGGCAUUCCUGAAGUAUUUUCUGAGUUAGCACCUAUGUUCAGACGCCCAAUAAAUAAUGCUUUCAUUAAUGACGGCACAAGUCGACUAUCCAUCUCAUUGCUUGACAAUGUAGGAAGCUUUGAGUUCCCUACUAUCGUGAAUACUCGUAACGGCAGCACGAUCGUUGACUACAUCAUCAACGUCGAUAGUAGCGUGUUUAAUGGAAGUGUGGUUGAAAUCGUGAAUGACACCACAUUCUUCCUGGAGUCUAACCUGGCCACGGGGUUUGGUCCUGAAAGAAGUUUUUUCUCUAAUCUUGAUCAUGAAAGUAGUUUCUCUAAUCUUGGUCCUGAAAGUAGUUUUUUCUCUAAUCAGAUCGUACCGGGAAGCGUUGUUGUGGGUAGUGCAUCAUCCUGUACGGCAUCUGUUGUCACGGGUGCGUUCGGAACCCUAACCUUCCCUACUACACCACUGGACCAGACAGCUGAUAGCCAAGAACGAUGUAAUGAAUACACUAAUAAUACCCCCGUUCCAAGAGCUAGACGAACGUGUCGUGGGGAUUUCUUGUCACCAGCUCUCUGGGACGAUCCUGUGCUUCUCGAUUGCUUUGUGGGGACAGAUACGAAUGAAGUUCUCAACAACAUUGCCAGGGCUGUUGUGACGCCAGACAAUGUAACCGAGUAUUCUUACGAUGUUGCUGAAGCUACUUCUAAUGGUGGUGAUAUUAACGCCGAAGGUAUAAGAGCCAUUUCUAUUGCUCUGCAGAAAAUUGUUGACGUCAUGGAUCCAUCCACGGAGGUCACCAACAAUACUCUCCAGAUCGUAGACAACGUCCUCGGUGCUCCCGAUACAGAAUUUGUAGAUGCCGUGGAUGUCGAAGCUCCGACAAGGAUUCUUGAUUUCUUGGAACAACAGAUCACUUUAUUCCAGACCCAAGGUGAUGGUAACAACCUCACUAUCGUCGGAAGUAGCAUAGCUGUGGUAGCUCUACAACUUCCAGAGGCCAGUCUACUGCAAGGUUUAGGAUUCGCUGCCUUGGUAUCUCCGGAUGACGAACAGAAGAGUAAUCUUCUCAAUCAGUUGAAUGAAAAUGACACAAUGGUGUACUUCAACCUUGAUGAUAUUCCUAAAGCAACCGUCGAUGCAGCAAUUUUUCUGCCACCGGAUAUUCUAGGCCUGUUGCCCCCAUAUUUACUAGAAAAUGGAAUUGUUCCGGUGACGUUCCUAAUAUUUCAGACCAGUAAGUUGUUCAUUAGUCCAGACCAACCUUACGAUCUCGGUGGUGGUCGUCGAUUAGCAGUCGGUACCAGGAUUAUAUCAGCGACCGUAGAGGGUGCUGUCAUUGAAGGUUUGCCACGAGGAGGUGAAAUUGAGACAACCUUUCUUGAGCUGAAUGUGACUAGAGAAAAUGAGAUGAUAGAUAAUAGGACGUGUGUAUUCUGGGACAAAAUUGACCAAGUUGGGAGAUGGUCAUCUGAAGGAUGUCGACGAGAAGACAACCCAGAGGAUAAUAGAAUAAGAUGUCUUUGUGAUCACCUUACAAGCUUUGCUGUUCUACUGGAUGUGUCCGGAGAUGUUGGGCUCUAUGCGUUAGAUGUUCUUGGUAUGAUUGGUUGUAUAAUCUCUAUCAUAUGCCUCGUCAUCACACUUGUUACAUAUCUGAGCAUGAAAAAAUUGCAAUCAAAGCAACCUCAACGGAUCCUAAUUAACCUCUGCGUUGCCCUCCUCGGACUUUAUCUCGUUUUCAUCAUCGGUAUCGACCGUCGUUAUCCAACCGGGGGCUGCGUCGUUGUCGGAUUCCUCAUUCAUUUCUUUCUGCUAUCGUCAGUGUCGUGGAUGUUGGUGGAAGCUAUUAAUAUGUACCUUCUUUUCGUCAAGGUCUUAAACGCUUCUGUGUCUCGAUUUAUGCUCAAGGCAUCUCUUUGUUCUUAUGGUUUACCUCUUCUCGUCUGCAUUGUAACAGUGGCAGUUGAUAGUUCUUUAUACCUUGGAGAUGGAACAUAUUGCUUCGUCAAACCAGGUCCAGCUUUAUAUUACGGUGUCUUACUCCUCGUAGCUCUCUUACUCGCUACUAACUUCAUCAUAUUUGGUCUCGUCAUGCAACGUUUGUCAUGUCGCAAGUCCGUUGCUGCCCACAAGACCAAUCAAGCCAGUCGCGGUGAGACGUGGAAACGAGUCCAGAACGCUGUCGCCAUCUCUGUUCUCCUCGGGUUAACGUGGUUGUUUGGUUUCCUCGCCAUCGGUGGUGCUCGACUCAUCUUUAAUAUUCUUUUCCUGGUCUUCAAUUCCCUCCAAGGGUUCUUUGUGUUCCUCAUGUUCUGUGUCCGACAAAAGGAAGUACGUGAGCAAUGGGUUCGAUGGCUGCAUUGUCAGUUCGGUGAUGUUAAGCCUGGUCAACGUCGCAGUGAUGAUUUCGUUCAGGCUAAGUACAAAAAGACAGAAUCACAAGAGGGUCGGACGUCCUUGGCAACAUCAAAUAGCCAAGGUAUUCAACUAUCCAGCGGGGGUACACUAAGUACCAAUGCCUCCAGCAUCACCACAUAAUAAUUUCCAUGAUUUUAAGAAGCCUGCCAGGAUUCUUUUUUACUAAAGUAGACAAUGUCCUUGCAUAUUAUGUAUUGGCAUUUAAAACUAUUUUAAUUAUUGAUUAUAGAGUACAGAUAUAAUUGUAUGAAAUAAAGUACGAUUGGUUUCGUUUGGUGAUAAAUAGCCUCUAUUAACAUCGUUUCUGACUUUCUGUGCCAUGAUUCGCCGUUAAUGUUUCGCGCCAUUUUACCCCCAAAACGCUCAAAAUAUUAAUGUAACGCUGUGCAAAUUUAAUACUUUUUGAGGGAAGUCUCGCAUAACCUUUGAAACUAAAUUUGCGACACUGAGGCGCUACGUGACUUUUCAACAGACAAUGUCGUGCAUAUUUCCACAUUUUUAUAGCCAAAAUAAUUGCAGCUUUAGUUUCUGUUUAAUUUAUCUUCAAUAUUUAAUAUGAAAUAUCAUUAAAAUCGUUUGUGUUAUUUUGAAUAUGUAUUGUUUCUUCGAUUGUAUUUUGUUUACUUUGUUGAAAUAAAUCUAACUCAUAAAAUGUGGCUUGUGAACAAAUCCGUCACUGGGAGAUAAAAAUCAUAAAAUGGUGAUUAUUUUUCACUCUAGUUGUUUGGCUUAAUUGAACAAGGACUAACUUGGCUUUUGCAAAACCCCGGUGCAAAACGUACUGAUAAAGUUACAAAGAUGCCCUCUGCAAACAAAUCGAAUUAAACUAAUUUCUAUUGUGCAAAUAAUGUUUUUCAUUAAUAAUUUUACACAGUUCAUAUUAAAUCAAUAAAUUAUCAUUUUGGUCCCUUUUGGUGGGGUUUUUAUACUGCUUGUGGUCUAAGGAACGUGCGUGCAAAAUUUCGGCGCUGUCGCGCGGGCAAUGCUUUAGGUCAGAAAGGACAUGAUGUCCUCUAAACUAGCACAGCCCUAUAUCUUGCCACACUUCAAGCUCACAUGGAUAAGCAUUAACCGUAAUAGAGAAAUAAUUAGAGACAAUCAUUUGUUAUGGAUUCCAUUCUAUGUCUUACAACUACUGAAUUUAUCAUUAUUAUCUUUUUCAUGAUUAUCUUAGCUUAGACUCAGCGAUUUUUAUAUUAGAAGAGUAACGAGAUGUAUGGUUUAAACAUUUUGUUUUCAGCAAACAUUUUACUGAUAAUUGUUAAUUGUCUGAUGAUAACAAUUUUUGCAAAAUCUGAUAGCAGACAAACCAUACUCAUGAUGAAAAGACUGUAUUUCGACUGUAUUGUAUAUUGUUAGUAUCACUAUUGUAUGUUUCGCAUCAUUUGCAAUGUAUGUUGAUGUAUCUGUCGUUGAUAUGUGUAGAAUAAUUAUGGCAAAAUAAUUUUUCGAUGUUAUUUUCUCCUUCGCAUAAUGACUUCGAUAAACUGACUUAAUAGAAAAAUUGGAAAUUUC